AUGGAGACGGGGUUGGGAGAUGUCUAUGAAGAGCCAAGUGCGGUUGACGACGGCGAGCCGUCUCAGGCGUCCAAUGGGCGAGAUUCUGGCAUCGCCCCCGGUGGUCUAGCAGCCCUUAUGGAUCGAGUGGAUGCACAACCAAGCGUGGACCAAAGCUUUCCGGACGUCGAUCCAAACAUCUAUGGCGGCGAAGGCAUGGGGGGUGGGGGGCCUGUGUCGAGUGACGACGUGUAUGACGGCGGAGAGGAGCAAUACGGUGGUGUAGAAUCGAACUCCGAACAGCGUCGACAGCAUCUCGAGCCGCCAAUUAAGUCAGACAGCCGUAGCAGCGCUGAAGCAUUGCGCGGGCUGCUGGACGUAAUCCUUCUAGAGGACGAGGGCAACGGUUUCGACGUGAGUGGACUGGAACGUGUCAACGCUGCGCACUUCAACAACUGCAUGCGGCAAUACCUUCCUCUUCUACGGGUUCUCGAGCGAAAUGUCCCGUCAACACAAGAAGGGAAGAGCUCUGCGGUGGUGUAUGACGUACCUGUGAACCUGCUUCUCGCUCGCGACAUGAAGCUGGUCUCGGACACGGAACUCUCAGAAACCUACGCGGCGGGAAAAAUUUUGCGCGGAGAGGAGGCCGCCGCCAACUCGUUGACGAGCGACCAUGUCAAUUGUACCCCGACCAAGCUGGUCGACAACGUGAGGGAGUCCAACAUGAACGGUACGCUGUCGAGAACGUCCCGAUUCAUGGGGAUUGAUGGCACACAAAGCAGCGUUUGUGGGAGAAAAGUAGGGUUUCGGCCAGUAGCGGAGGUGCGAAAUGUGGGACAGGCGGAGAUGCGAGGAAGACUUGUGCGAGUCUGGGAAGACUGUACUGCUNGGCAAAACGGCGCCGUUCCGAGGAGGACUCGACGCAGAAGUACGAGGUGA